AUGAGUGGCCUCGGGGACAGCUCGACAGACCCUGCCAACCCUGACUCCCGCAAGAGGAAAGGCUCUCCCUCGCUGGGAUCCAACAGCAGGAGGGUCAAUGAGAAACGACGUCGGGAGCAGGAGAACAAGUACCUGGAGGAGUUGGCAGAGCUGCUGUCAGCAAACAUCGGAGACAUUGACACCCUGAGCGUCAAACCUGACAAAUGCAAGAUCCUAAAGAAAACUGUGGAUCAGAUCCAGCAGAUGAAGAGGUUGGAGCAAGAGAAAGCAGCAGAUGAUGAAGUCCAGAAAUCCGACAUCUCCUCCAGCAGCCAAGGGGUCAUUGAGAAGGAAUCCCUGGGACCUCUCCUGCUGGAGGCCUUGGAUGGCUUCUUCUUUGUCGUCAACCGGGAAGGGAGGAUCGUCUUCGUCUCCGAGAACGUGACCGGAUACUUGGGAUAUAACCAGGAGGAGCUGAUGAACACCAGUGUCUACAGCAUCCUGCACGUGGGGGACCAUGCUGAGUUCGUCAAGAACCUGUUGCCAAAAUCUUUAGUGAAUGGAGUUCCUUGGCCUCAGGAAGCGAGCAGGAGGAACAGCCACACAUUCUCCUGCAGGAUGCUGAUCCGGCCACCCGACGAGCCGGGCACGGAGAACCAGGAGGCUCGGCAGCGCUACGAGGUCAUGCAGUGCUUCACCGUCUCCCAGCCCAAGUCCUUCAAGGAGGAAGGAGAAGAUUUCCAGUCGUGUCUGAUCUGCAUCGCCAGACGACUACCUCGGCCGGCAGCCGUCGCCCCCUCUGAAUCCUUCGUGACCAAGCAGGACACCACAGGUAAAAUCAUCUCCAUCGACACCAGCUCCCUGCGAGCCGCUGGCAGGACGGGGUGGGAGGAUCUGGUGCGGAAGUGCAUCUAUGCCUUCUUCCAGCCGCAGGGCCGGGAGCCAUCCUACGCCAAACAGCUCUUUCAAGAAGUGAUGACCCGUGGCACAGCCUUCAGCCCCUCGUACCGCUUCACCCUGAGCGAUGGGACCGUGCUCAGUGCCCACACCAAGUGUAAGCUCUGCUACCCCUCCAGCCCGGAGAUGCAGCCCUUCAUCAUGGGCAUCCACGUCAUCGACAG